AUGGUUCUAGCGGAGAGAGGUGUUUCUCAAACUGUCAUUUGUGAAGUCCAUAGAUACGACAAGCAACAACCAUCAAAUUUCCUCAAUAGAGUCAUUGCACUUGGCAGGGUCUCAAAACAGUUGGACCAUCAAGCUAGAUGGAGAGUUUGGGCAAUGAUAGUUUUUAAUAAUUUCAUAGAGAAUCAUUGUAAUGGUGUCUUGACCUGGGGAUCAUCGACAAACUGUCAGAAUUUUACUCGUCACUUGGUUAGUAAGUUGGAUCUCGUAUGGCCAGAUGAUAUCCCUAUUGCUUCUGACUACGCUCCCAUGGCUAUAGAUCUAGUGUCUUUCUAUAGAGACAUUGAGAUCUCAUCCAACACAAAUUAA